UCCAAGAUGGCUUCCUGCAACGCGAACAAGGAUGGUCAGGACAGUAUUCUGGAGCCACUGUGUUUUCCUGAGCAGCAAGACGACUCCAGAGCUCCCAGUCUGCAUCAUCCCAGUUCAGAGCUGCUGGUGUGUCUGUUCUGCUCUGAGUCUGCCCCUCUACUGCAGAAAGAUGUCCUCCUCAAACACCUGCUGAUAGAGCACAAGCUGGUGAUCGGAGAUGUAAAACUCAUUGCAGACCUUCCAGAAUAUAUGUUGUACUGGAAGGGCAGAUUCCUGGAGCAGCCUGUCACAGAUUUCUGCAGCGUGAUAAAGACAAACUCCACCGGACCAGUCGAGAAACAGGAGGACUACUACCUACUGUGUGAUGUUCUUCCAGAGGAUCGGGUCCUCAGAGAAAAACUACAACAGAAACGACUGGAGGAGAUUUUGGAACAGCAGCAGAAAGAGCGAGACGACAGCAGCUUCCAUCGACUCUGCAUGUUCUGCAGCGAGGAGUUUACUGGCAACAGGUCAUCGCUGUUGAACCACAUGGCCAGAGAACACUCCUUUAGCAUCGGACUACCCGACAAUAUCGUCUACUGCAACCAGUUCCUUGACACGCUGCAGCACAAACUGGACAACCUGCAGUGUUUGUACUGUGAAAAAACAUUUCGAGAUAAAACUACAUUAAAGGAUCACAUGAGGAAGAAAGCUCACCGCCGCAUCAAUGCCAACAACCGAGAGUACGACCGCUUCUACGUCAUCAACUAUCUGGAGCUGGGGAAGACGUGGGAGGAGGUGCAGAGCGAGGAUGACCGUGAGCUGGUGGACGAUAAUGAUGAUGACUGGUCCGACUGGCAGGCUCAUCCUGUCUCUGCUGUGUGUCUGUUCUGCGAUCAUCAGUCAGAGACAAUGGACCAGAUCUACACACACAUGAAAGAAGCUCAUGGGUUUGAUCUUCAUAAGCUGAGAACUGAACUCAAUCUGCGGUUCUACCAGCAGGUCAAACUGGUCAACUUCAUCCGCCGGCAGAUCCACCAAAGCCGCUGCUAUGGUUGCCAGGAAAAGUUCGACUCAAGAGCUGACGUCCUACAGCACAUCAUGACCGAAGACCAUGUGAUGAAGCUGCCAGGGAUGUCGACCUGGGACCAACCACAGUAUUAUUUCCCCACAUAUGAGAACGACGCUCUGCUUUGUACACUAUCGGACAGUGAUGAUGAUGAAGAAGAUGAGAAAAGUCACAGUGAUGGUAUCCCGGUCAUUGCAGAGGACAUUUCCAACCUUAGAGCACUAAAGCAGACAAGUGUCCUUAACCAGCUGUUGAAGAACAGAAGCACAUGAUGAUCAGAUGUGGACAGUUUAAGACGCUGCUGGACUUUUUUUUACAGAGACUGAUUGUGAUCUAUGCAUUACAGCAUCUGUCAGGAGCACACAUGGACUGAAUAAUGAUUUUUAUUAAAUGCUCUGCAGAAUAGUUAAACCAAUAAUGACAUUAUUCAGGUAAACCUGCACUUUAAAUGCCAUCAUUUCAGAGGAACAGAUUGAGCUGUAGAUUGUUCAUGUCCAGUAAUUCAAGCUUUGUUGAUCCAGUGGUAGUUUACAGCAAGUAAAGAGGAAAUUAAACAUCUGCUCUUCUCUCGUAUGAAUUUUAUUAAUUUAUGUAAAAAAAAAAAAGGUUUUGUUGUGGACUUUCUGAAACUUAGUGAAACUUGAUGACCGCUGAUUAUAGAUCAUUAUAGAUCCUGUUGAGCACUAAAGCCCUGAGCUGUGAAGCAUCACACUGAAGAUGCCAGGGAAUAAAGAAAAACUAUCUCUUAUAUAGUAUGUCUGAAACCUGAUCCAGCUUUAGUUUGUCGUCUACUUGGCGGUCUUGUUGUUUUUGGUCGGUACGAUGUUCUGCGUUGCUUUGCCAAGUGAAACCUGACGAAUGCUGGAGCCAAACUGCAGCGUGCUCAGCGUUUCUGACACAUCCUCCAUGUGUGGACUCACAUUCACAAAAACACAGCACUGCAAACAAAAUAAAAA